GAUUACCUCUUCAAGCUCCUCCUCAUUGGAGACUCCGGUGUCGGCAAGUCUUGUUUGCUGCUUCGGUUUGCGGACGACACGUACACUGAAAGCUACAUCAGCACAAUUGGAGUGGACUUUAAAAUUCGCACCAUUGAGCUUGAGGGCAAGACCGUCAAACUUCAAAUCGUAAUUGAUCGUCACACCUGUUUGACAUUCAGAUGGGAUACAGCGGGUCAAGAACGUUUCCGCACCAUCACGUCCAGCUACUACCGUGGUGCCCACGGCAUUAUCGUCGUGUAUGAUGUAACAGAUCAGGACACCUUCAACAACGUCAAGCAAUGGCUUCAAGAAAUUGAUCGAUACGCUUGCGAGGGCGUCAACAAGUUGCUCGUCGGCAACAAGAGCGACUUGAUAAAUAAGAAGGUGGUCGAUCACGACGCAGCGAAGGAAUUCUCGGACAACUUGCAAAUCCCAUUCCUGGAGACGAGUGCAAAAAACGCAACAAACGUCGAGCAAGCCUUCUUGACAAUGGCCAAGCAGAUUAAGGACAGGAUGGGCACAUCCGCCGCGGCAGCAGCUCCCAACAAGAGCAACAUCAAAGUCGGCAGUGGCGCCGCCGUCCAACCACAGCAAGGAGGUGGAUGCUGCUAA